GCUCCGGUUCUGUUGGAGAAGUUCAUCCAGUGAGAACAAAAUGCAUUUUUGACAUGCUAUAUUCAGAAGUAAAAUCUCUUUCCUCUAAAGAGAUAAAAAUGUAAUAUACAACUUAAAAUGUAUAAAGCUAUAAAUACGCUUAAAAGAUAUUCAUGCAAUAGACAAAGAAUUUCAAUUCACAAAAUACAUUAUUUAUGCUGAACUAAUCAAAUGAGAUUAUUUUUUUAAUCUCUAACUAAUUACUUAACUACAUCUCAUUUACAUACUGUGAUGUUCGCAGCAUUUAUAAAAGACGAGGUUAACAGAAGCAGACGCAGGAAAUACAUAAUAAGAAAAGAAAGCUUUAGUGGUUCAUUCUUACUAAUAAGUCAUCAUGGAGGACGAUAUCGAAGAUGAAGAUGAAAUGAUCGAGUUAUUGGUUGCUCCAUUUUAUUAUACAGAUAACGGCACGUCAAAAUGGCGAAAGAAAGACAGUAUCGCUGGUUUGAUUGAUACCUGCCGCCAUCGAAUAAAGAGUGAGACAAUAAAGGAACACGACUUUUGUAAAAAGAUAUGUACAAAAUACGUGCCUGAUCCAGAUAACCAUGGAAAGUGCGAAUGUGGAAGAGAAAGACAUAAAUCCUGUAUUGAUGGCAUAUGGAAAGAGCAUCUCGGAUCAGAUUGGGAGCCAAGACAUCACUUGAUUGAAGAAGUGACAAAUGCAUAUGGAUCUCUUACAUUUUAUGGAGCCGACAGAAAUACAAAUUCAAGGUAUAUUAGGAUCUCAGAUGAUUCAAGCACAGAAAAUGUUGUUGAUUUUAUGAUCAAUCGUUGGAAAUUUGGAGAUGCAACUCAACUACUUAUCUCAGUUAUUGGUUCUGCAAAUGGUUAUGUUAAAAAUGAAGCAUUUGAAACUUUAUUUAAAAGAGGGUUGCGUAAGAUAGCCGUUAGUACACAUGCAUGGGUUAUUACAGGUGGAACUAAUGUUGGGGUGAUGAAACUCGUUGGAGAAGCCUUAAGAGAUGUGUCACAAUUAGACAGUACUUGUACAAAGUACAAUCGCGUUUCUAGAGUGAUGUGUAUCGGUAUUGCACCAUGGGGUGUUAUUCCAAAUCGACAACAAUUGACAUGUAAAAACAAGAGUCCAAGAAAGUUAAAGUUAAAUGCAAAAUUUCAAAGGACUAACUUUCUCGACCAUAACCAUACACAUUUUCUUUUGGUUGAUAAUGGAUCUAUUGGUGAUUUCAAUGCAGAAGUUGAUUUCAGAAACGAUCUUGAAAAUUUUAUUAUGGGGAACAUCAGAGAAAGAGUGUUGUCAAACCGUGAUGUUGUAAGCAAUGUUCAAGACCACAGCAAAGCAGGUGCAGCAAAAAAGAUCGCUGCUGUAAAACUUGUGAUUGGUGGUGGACCUAACACAAUUGGACAUGUUUAUCAGACCAUUAUGAAUGAAAUACCUGUUAUUGUUUUCAAAGAGACCUCUCAAGCAGCUGCUCUAUUCGCGUAUGCAUUUGAGUUGCCACCUCUCGAAGUUUGUAACCUUGCUGAAAUAGAAGAGCAUCAAAAACUCAUUGAUAUGAUUGGGCUGGAAUAUCCUGACUUGACCAGAAGGCAGAAAGCCAAGUAUUACAAUAAGAUAAUGAAAUGCAUGAAACAAAAGAAAUAUAUAUCUGUUUUUAGUCUUAAUAAUGAAUCUGGAGAGACUAUGGACAGUGCUAUAUUAAAUGCUUUUUUAAAAACUUGUGAAGUUGAAAACCAACAAUAUGUGACUUUCGAACAAAUGAUGUUUGCAAUUAAAUGGAACAGAGCUGAUUUUGUUGAGAUGCGUUUGGAAAAACUUAACCUAAGCGGAGAUGAUGGAAAAGAUAUGAUUCGUGAGUUGUUAAUACAAGCUAUCAUACGAAACAAACCAGCAGUUGUUCAGGUUUUAUUGGAUGACUUAUUAGAGUUGACUGACAGAAGUCAAAUCCUUACAGAUGAUGAUUUUGUUCGAAUGUACCAAAAGAGGUGCAACAAGAAAUCUUUAAGCGUUCUGCACUUAGUUAUAAAAGACGUGAAAAACAAGGGUAAUAUUCAAGAAGAGAUAAUGGAUGCUUUGACGAACUUUGGUGAUAUUUGUGAAAAGAACUUUUCAGGCGAUCCUAUGAAGCAUUUGUUUUUGUUUGCUGUUCUGUGUAAUAUGAAAGAAAUGGCGAUGCUUUUUCUACAUUAUGGCGAGCAAAUAUUAAUUGAAGUCCUGCUGGCAUGUAAAAUGUAUCGGAGGAUGAUAGAUUUCUACAAAGAUAACACAGAAUCUCAAAAGAGGGAAUUUUUAGACAGCUUAAACUUAAAACAAUCUCGUUUUAACGAGCUAGCAACGCAUUUGGUAACAAGGUGUACACUGAGACAAGAAUUACUAACUGGAAGAUUGUUAAGACAGUCAGCUCUAGAUUAUGGUUCAAAAACUUGUUUAUGUUUGGCUGCAUCUUCAGAACACGUUGAAUUUAUUGCUCACGAGACUUGCCAAUUGAUUUUGAAUGAUGUUAUAUGGCAUGGAAGAUUAAAGUUUACUGGAAAUACACCCAUUCUACAUGCCCUUCAGGUGACGGUAUGUUUGUUCCCUCCUCUGUUUCUGAUGCUAGAUUACAAAACAAGAGACAUGGAACAAGCUGAAGGAAAAACCAAGACCGAGCUCUUAACCAAUAAGCUUAUUACAAAGAACAGUGUGAGCAAAAGAACUGACGAGGGCAAUAAAAGGGUCAGAAUAAUGCAGUGUUUGAAAGCGUCCUUCUAUAAAGCUAAAUAUUUUUACAAUGCUCCUAUUGCAAAGUGUGCUUCAAACGUCGUCUCUUACUGUGUAUUUCUGGCUAUCUUUGCAUACUACAUCACUCACACAAUUACUAAAACUAUCAAACUUGCAGAAAUUUUGUUACUGGUGUAUUGGUGUGCCUUGCUAUUAGAGGAAAUUCGACAGGUAAUUCAAGCUCCCAUUGGCAGGAAAAUGUCUCAAAAAAUACAUCAAUACAGAACCUCCAAGUGGAAUAUCUUAGAUGCAACUGCACUCCUCCUGUUUCUAAUUGCUUUUUCAUUCCGACUUCAUGAUGACACGUUGAUAGAGGCACGAGUAUUGUUUGCUAUCGACAUCUUUUUAUGGAUUAUAAGAUUAUUACAUGUAUUUUCCAUCAGUAAACAGCUUGGACCAUAUCUUGUGAUGAUCAACAGAAUGACUGUCGAUCUUGUUUACUUCGUUUUUGUGCUGGCCAUCUUUCUUUUCGCGUAUGGCAUAUCAAGAUUUGCUAUUAUAUCGCCAUACAACGAUUCAACCAUGGAGGCAAUUAAAACAGUUUUGGCUGUACCCUACAAACAAAUGUAUGCUGAUUCUCUUGAUGAUGCUACAAUACAAGCUCCAGAAAAUUUAACUGUAUUUUCAUUUAACUACACUGGCACUGUUCAACCAGCUUUGAAAGUUUCAAUGGCAGGAUAUACACUGCUUGCUGCAGUUCUGUUGAUCAAUCUACUUAUUGCUCGUUUUAGUGCGAUUUAUGAGAGAGUGCAGUUUAAAGCUGAGAAGAUAUGGAAAUAUAAUCUUUACUAUUUGAUUGAAGAAUAUCAGAACAAAUCACCAAUUCCCAUGCCUUUUUCUAUCAUCCCAAAUAUUUACGUCAUAUGUAGAAGAUUGUUUGGAUGUUGCAGAGUUCCUGAAGACCAAUACAUUCUUUCAGUUGACGAUAAAAACGAAUUAGAAGGUUUUGAAAGAGAGAGUCUUAUCCAUUGUCUCGCUAACACCAGUCCAGAUCAUAUCUGUCGCAAAGAAGAUCAAGCAAUAAGUAAGAAGCAUGAAUAUGCCAAUCAGGACGAUGAUGAAGAAAAUGGCAGACCUAUAACAUUUGCAAAUGAUAAUUCCACCAAGAAUGAUCGAAUUGGAUCAACGUGUUAUAAACCUCCAAGUUUAUCAUCUGUCAAAACCAUAUUAUAUUAUCCUUUAACAGCCAAGAAAAGAUUUGUUGUCCCUAAAGAGUACCUGUCAUGGGAGACAGAAUAUCCAGAGUACGAACCAAAACAAGUUCCAUCGUUUUUUGAUGCACCGGAUGCGGAUCAGACUGCAUACAGAAAUCCGAACGGUAGAACGGGAUUCGUCGGCAAUGGUUUAUUACCGACCUACGGUGAGAAUACAGUGGUUGAAGCUAUCAUUACAAGAUGGAAACAUGGUUUGAUGGGAAUUGAAGAAGGUGAAAGUGGUUCAAACAUGCUUCAAGUCCUUGUUGUUUGUAAUAAUAAGCUCUCUAAGAUAACUAUCCCUUCGGGUCCUCAGGCGACGUGGAUUAGCUCCUCUGGAAUUCCCAGUUGUAUUCCACUGGUGUUGUAUAAACUGUUCCAAAGUACAAGUUUAAAUGAUCCGGGUCUGUGGUUGAGUAAAAAACGAAAAGCUGCAUAUACAAAUAACAUUGACGACAUGAUCGAUGCUGGAAAAGAGAUCUUCUCUGGUUACGUGGACGAUCCACGUAAUACGGACAACGCAUGGAUUGGUAGUUACGUAGCAACGUAUCAUGAUGACAUUGGUGAAAACGUCUCUAAGUACCUACAAAGCGAAAAUGCCAAAGAGUUGAAUCUUGUUUGGUUUGAUGUGUCGAAAAACAUGAUGUUGCCAAAGAGACAGUUGGGUUACUUGAGAGACAUAGCUGCAAAAUAUGACGCACAUUUUUAAAGGAAUUCGAUGUUUCAGUAUUUGCAAAAUUAUAUGUGUUACGGUAACUGAACAGUUUUGUGCCUUGUCAAAUCUUAGCAAACUGAGGAGUUUAUAAAAUCAGAAUGAUUUUGACCUGGGUUUGUCUAUUUUUUGUCAAAGCUGUUUGAUAGAAUUAAAGUGAGCAAGUGUUGUUUUUUAUACUGCAAAGUUUGUGUCUGUCAUAAUUUAUAAUUUUUUAAAAUCUUUUAUUUUAAAAUUGAUAAAAAGCUAAAAAUUUAUUUUUUAACACCAAUAACUACUUUUUAUGACAGUAGUCGCAAGUCGAAACAUUUAAUUCACCGUUCCCAUGAAUAGUGAGAUGCGCAAUGCAUUGUGAUACUUGAAGUCAAGAAAAAAAGCCGAAAUUAAAAAAAAUUGCUUGCGUAUAACAAUUAAAUAACCGUAGCAAUAUAUUGUGGAGAAUAAUCAUGUUUUGUUAUAAAAUAAUUAUCUCCAUGAUCAUAGCUCUUUGUAAACACUUUAUCUCUGUAAUAGAUUAAUCAAGUGUUUUACAAAACAAAGUAGAAAAAGGCUUAUUUGAGGGAAGGAUAGUGAAACGCCAACUUAUAAUGGAUAUUAAUGGAUAUUUUUAACCGGUGUAGGUGCUAUAGCUUUUGGUACAAUCGUUGGAAUAUUGUUCAUGUACGUUUUUUUACCACCUUCAAAAUGAGCAGAGCAUACUCUAUGGCCUGAUGUUGGUUUAAAGUUUUUCCUACUUAUUUUUGAAAGCCAAGUCUUUCUUAAACCUUCAUCUUUUGGAAUGACGUAAAACGACAAUUCUCUGUUUCUUUUUGAGUUGUUGUAACAUAAAGGUACACAACAUGUAAAUCCUCCCCCAGCUGCAGCGUUUGUUGUUGAAGUUCCUGGCAAAUUCCCAAUGUUUGUAGCAUUCUCUACGGUGAAAUCUGUAGAUAAAUUGUCUAAGGAAACUUCGAUGUUGUUUGGUGAAGUAAAGCUUUGAAAAAAGCUGUUUUUAGGUGUUGAACAAGCUGAUAAAAUAUCUGUAUUAAGUGUUUUUUCUCCUGACGCCUCCAUGAUUGUUUAUGUUUUUGACUACAUUUACCACAAUGCAUUGCAAAAACUCUCUUUUACGGGAACGGUGAAUUGCAAAUCUGGAUAAAUUUAUAGAUUGUCUACACAAAAAAAUUAUGAACAACAUUUCGAUAUAUUAAGACUUGUGCACUUUUAACAUUCUUAUUUGGUUUAUUUGGUUCAUUUUAAAAUCCCCUUUUCUUAAUUUCUUGUAAUUCCAGGUCUACACUAGGUAUUGUUAUUAACCAACGCUGCUUAUGUGACCUACAUUGCGUACAGGCCAUUAAGUAUGUUACCAUAGUUUAUGUUAGGAAAUCGAAACUAUCCUGUUAGUUAGUUUUAGUUUUGAUAUUUGUUUCUCUUUGCAAAAAGAUGUCUUUAUAAAGAAACUGGAAAAUCUGAAACGACCAAAUUUGCGACAGUAGCGGAUUCCUUAAAAAAUAAGCACAUUUUUAAUAAAUAAAACAGUCAAAAUAUAUUUGUUUCUUAAACAUAGUGGUACCACAGUGGUGUGUUUUUUGUUUUACUUUAUCUUGAGACAAUAUACUACUGUUGCUUAUGGUACCGUAAAAUCUUGUACGCACAAAAAACUUGUGUAUAUUAGCAGAUUUUGUAGCUAUAUCUUUAAUAUUAUUAAGUGUUUUCAUUUUUCAUUUUUUCAUCGAAUGAAAAGGUUUUUAUUCAAAUCCAACCCCAACCAAUUUCUAUGAUUGAAGUUCAAAAAUGGGAUCAACCUGUCUACGCUUAUUGGUCCUAAAUCGUUUCGAAACUUCCUAAGAAAAGUAUUUUCUAUUUUUUUUUAUUUCUUAAUGUUUUUUUAGUAAAUUUGUAAAUUUUCUUUUUUAAAAAAAAAAAAAAAUUCAAUAUUUGUAUUUUUGUACCGCCACCAUACUACUAACUAAAAUCAAGGUGAAGAACACUGCUCAGCAAGUGGAAAAAGCUGAUUUAGAAAAUUAUCCAUUUAAGAAAUAGUACUAGAAAAGAGACCUUGUUAAUAAUCUUAGAAAAAAAAAACUUCGAAAACUCUCUAUCCAUACUUUCUUUCUUCCUCAUGUUGAAAGCUGCCUCUAAUGAUCAAGUGGAAUUUCCCGAGUACUGGAUUAUAAUCGAUUAGAUUUAUCUUUUAUUUUUAAUUCAUUAUACAUGUUGUUACAAUCCUUAAAAAUUGCAAAUCUUAGAUAAUUUGUCUGAGAAAGUCCUGGAAUUUUGUUUUCGAAAUAUGCUGGCCAUCCUGUCUCAUUGCACUUAAACUUAACCAUUUAGUUAAGUAGAACAAAUGAUUUUUUCUUUAUAAUUGGAGAAAUGCUGGACGAAAAGAAUUACAACUUAAACACGCGACGUAAAUCUAAUACGCUUCUUGCUAUUUUAAUAAUUCCCCGUUCCCUCUAUACGGCUAAUUCGCAAUGCAUUAUGGUAGUUGUAUUCUACAGUUUUCCCUCCCAGAAGCGAGAGUUUGUAAAUAAAUAACAGCAUUCUUUUUAUUGUGGCGAUAAUAACAAAAAGCCGUUAUUGUUUGUGAUAAUUUUCAAAUCUCCUCAAGAAAAUCAUUAUCUCCCUUAUCCAAAACCCGUGUUAUUGAUGUAAACAUUUAAAUAUUGUUAGUUAGUGAGGUUUUAGGAGUGAAAGAAGUCGAAAUGGAAGUAAUAAAUAAGGAUACAGAUUUAGAUAUAAUUUUAAGCUCUACAGAUCUUGGGCCUAGCUUUUCUCAAAGCUCUUGUGUGGUACCAAGACCUGUUUUUAAAGAAUUAACAAAUGCCGAGAGGGACGAAGAAGUGGAGGAAAGAACACACGAAGAUAUAAGUCAAUGGUCAACUGAUCUUGCAGCUAUGCCUUCGAUCACCCAGGAGAAAAUUCACCAAUAUUUAGUUCUUGGAAAUAGCUGUGAUAGCAAGCCGAAGGGUGCUACAAAGCAUAAAAUUCUUGGAUACCAACUAUUCAAGGAGAGCUACGUGAAGAAAGUGAGAGUUAAAAGUAAUGUUAUGGCUGAAAAAUUAACUUUUCUUGUGAAAUGUUUUGUAGCUGCUUCCAUGAAAAGAGAAAAAUAUUCUGUUUAUGUCCACCUGUGUCAAAGAAGUGGUGAUAUUUUGUAUGCGAAAUGUUUAUGUAAAGCUGGAGCAGGAGGAUGCUGUAAGCAUGUCGCAGCAGUUCUAUUUCAAUUGGUUGAAUACAAACAGUUGGACUUAAAAAUUGUCGUAUAUACCACUAUCUUUUGUUAUUCGUUUAUCCGAAAAGCGUCCACCAUACAAAUCAGAGACAAAUGUCACUGAUCCAUCAGGAGCUAUUCCGACUAAUCCUUUUGCUGUAUUAUGGUGUUUGUAAUUUGAAAAGGUACUGGACUGUGUGCGAUAUGACGUAGGCAUUUCCACAAAUACUUCUGUACAAUCUAAUAUGACACGGGUAUUUGGGUAACUUUUUUGAAAACAUUUCGGCAUUCUAUUUUGUACUGUUUCUUUUGAAGCCCAUAUUGGAAGCAUACGGAAUUGUGAAUGUAAAAAAUCUGUCCAUGUAAUCAAUAUUCUGCUUAUGUGACUUGUCGACAUAUUAAAUCGAACAGCCAUAUCUUCUAACAAAAGUCCACAUCGAAUUCGAACCAGUAUCAUAAAGAAUUCUUCUUCUGCGCUCAAUGAUCGUGAUCGGCCUCGUUUUGUAGAGUUUAUAUUUUUUGUAUUUUCAGUGUUAGUAUUUGAACCCCAAUAUAUUAGUUUAUUUGCAGCUGGUUGUAAAUAUUCUAAAACUGCUUUGAAUAAUUUAUAAGAUUCGAAUCCGGUAUAAAA